AUGGCUGAGCAGGAGGGGCAAAGCCCCUCUACCAUUACUUGGGUGCGCGAGGUCCCUUUAAAGCUCGCGGUUCAAACUGCGCGCGAACUAGGUUUUCCCUUUAUCCUCGAUGAAGGGUUCAUCCUUAAAGAUGAUGAUGAUGAGCUGAGAAAUUCUCAAUCUCUGCCCGGAAUCAUCUUUUUGUUAAAUUGA